AUGAAUUCAUCUUCACUCCCGUUGCCAGCGGCCAAUUCUGGUGCUCCUAUUGCUAUCCCCAGACAGCAGGUUAGCAUUGAGCGUCUUCCAACAAGGCGACAAGGCAACGAGCCACGCGAGUCGAUGAACUGCAAGUCCUGCCGAAAGCGAAAGGUGCGAUGUUCUUUUUACACUUCACAAUUCAAACUCGACGUCUGGCUCCGAAGAAUCCAUGCCACUGAUCAAUAUGCUGUCCCCAAGAAGCGUGGGCCGAAAACAGACGUGCUUGAAGCUUUGCUGAAACGGGUCGAUGGACUGGAGGCGAAGCUGAAGGAGAAGAAUUCCGAGGGAGACACUGUGGAAGUUGAGGAAGAGGAGGACACUGACGUUGCGGAGCCGGCCCCGAAGAGACUUGCAACCGAGGCAAGCAAAUCUUCCGAUGAAGAUGGCCUCAAGACCGUCACGGACCAUGAACCGACCGCUAGGCGGGACAUCAAUCGUCGUUGCUCUCCGAAUACUUUGAGCUUAUAUCCUCAUAGUGACAAUCCGGCCUCUCCGGUGGAAACAGACGCCUAUCUUCACACAUACUUCGCACGAUUCCACGGCAAGCCAUAUUACAUCCUGGAUGAAGCAUCCGUCCGCCAUCGGAUACAGUCGAACCAGUUACCGGAUAGCGUCGCGUUCGCUAUCUGGUCUGUAGCAUCAAGGCACACUCCGCAUUCCGGAGGGACCCAGGCCGCUCUUCAAUUAAGCCAAGACUAUGCACAGCGGGCAAGGCGAUGUAUUGACACAGAUGAUCUAUCAAUAGAUUGCUUGCAGGCGUCAUUGCUCUUGGUUCUGGCAUUCAUGGCAUCUGGUCACAGCAAGAAGGCCUACAUGUUGAUGUCAUCGGCAAUCGCCAUGGCUAUGGCACUGGAGCUUCAUCGUGAAAUCGAUGCCCACGCGCACGUUACACCAGUCGAACGUGAGUUACGCCGACGACUUUUCUGGACGUGCUACUUAUUGGAUCGCUACGCGUCCUGCGGAUCGAGGCGACCAUCUUUAAUCAGUGACAACUCAGUGGCUCUACGGCUACCAUCGUGGUGUCCUAGCCCUUCAUCCCUGGCGGUCGACGGGGAGUUUUUCCAACAGGGCUCUAACCUCCAAUAUUACCAAGGCAGCGGAAAGAAGUCACAAGGUAGUACUGGAUUGCUCAUUGACAUCACGCGUAUCCUUGGCAUUACAAACAGAUAUUUAGCUGCUGGGGGUGUAAAAGGCGACUCUCACUUCCCCUGGCAUUCAUUAUCGACUCUGUCAAAAAUUCGUCAAGAGCUUGACUUUUGGGCAUCCGGCGCUGGCCCUGUGUUCUCCGGCCUUCAAGCUCUCUUUCACCAAACAGAAGCCUCAAUAGUGUUUUUGAGCAAGCUGAUAUAUCAUCUAAUACAUUGUCUAGUGUACCGGCCGUUCCUCCCAGUUGACCUAGCAGAGCUGGCUGGCAAUGGGCAACAUCAGUCUUGGCAGAUCGAGGCGACCAACAUGUGCUUUUUGCAUGCGAACGCUAUUGGUGAACUGAUAGACGCAGCGAGGCAUGCAGGUACUGUAGAAUGGCCAGCAAUUGUUGGCUAUUGUAUUUGUACUGCGGCAACAGUGCAUAUACACGGAGCUCACUACUCCAACCCUAGUGCCUACGGGGGAGACGUGAACAUCUUUAGCGCAUCGUCGAACUUGCUUUCUCGGGAAAUGAAACACCUUAGCGAUCUACACUUCGCAUGGGCCAAUAUUCGACACCAGAGCGAUACAUUGCAAGAGAUUUACAGUGCUCAUGGAGAGCUGGUCAAGGCCAUGGUAGCCAGCUCUAUGCGUUAUACUCCAGGGUUUCACCUUGAGGAAUUUUUCGAAAGAUAUUCCAACAUUGGAGGGCCAGGAGGAAAAUCGUAUCGGUUUGACCCAGCACACCUAAGCAUGUCGGAUAUUGUUAUAGAUUUUACCGCCGAUCGAUGCAGCGAGUCACCAGUAGCCCGCGAAACUGAACGAUAUAGCCAUAAACGCAAAAAUACUCUAUCAACCAAGAAAGGGAAUGACGAAGGAACCAAUGCCGGGUACGACCAGGUUGCAGCAAUGAGCCAACCGACGGGAGCAGGCAACGUGCCAUACUCGAUACAUAUGACACAACUCCCGUCCCAUGUUUCUAAUGGGCACAUGCAGCAACAAGUGUCCAGGCCACCGGAUGCACACAUAAAAUCUAGUGGCACUCCAUUCGAUGCAGCGCAAACCAUCCAUGGGUAUACCAUGCCGCCAGAUAACUCGGCAAACAAUUCUGGCCAGGGCAUAGUGCCUAUGAGCGGGACAAGAUUUAGCCCAGCGUACAGUUAUGCCAUGGGUUCCAAUGUCAUGAAUAGUCAGAACAAUGUGAACGACGGCAAUACAAAUUUCGAUGCUAUGUUUGGAGCACUACCGACAAACACAUUCAGCAGCGCUGCUGGUUGGCAGGGCGAAGAUGGUCAGCAGCACAACAAGAUGAAUAUUCCCACAAGUGGCGUGGCACCAAGCCCCGGAACCAAGAGUUCUAGCGGAAGCACAGGGACGGGACACAGCGAGGAAAAAGACCCCUUUCUCAGCCUAUUGGAGCAACUUGCAGAAGAUGAGCAACGUUUUAACGGCGGGGGAGCCGACUUGGAUUUCUUCCUGACUAGCAACAACAUCGGUGCCUAG